AUGACGUCUGCCUGGAUCAAGGGACCUACCGGCGUUGAGCUCUACACAAAGACAUGGACCGUCGACAAGCCGAAAGCCUACCUCGUCUUUGUUCAUGGAUUCAUGGAGCAUGUCAAUCGGUACGACCACGUCUUUGAGGCCUUUGCCAAGCGGGGUAUCCAGACGUUUGCCUGGGAUCAGCAAGGUUUUGGACAGACGGCAGCCAAGACGAAUACGCAAGGCAUCACGUCGUUUGCAAAACAGCUUGACGAUGUCGACUAUUUCGUCAAUGAGACCGCUGGCAAGCUCACAGACAACGCCAAAUUGUUUCUCAUGGGUCACUCCAUGGGCGGUUGCCUCGUUGCGACCUAUGCGACUCAAAAGCCUGCAUUCUCAGGCUUGAGCAAGAUCAACGGAGGCAUGAUCGUAUCUAGUCCACUCAUCGAGCAACCCAAAAAGGUCGCGGCGCCCAUGCUCGCAGUCAGAGCAGGCAGCAUCAUUGGCCGACUCCUACCGAGCUUGCAAAUGAAGGUCGGCGUGCCCUCGAACGACAUCUGUCGCGAUCCUGCCGUAUGUAAAGCCUACAAGGAAGACCCACUCUGUCCGCCCAUGGGUUGCUAUCGCGGUGUGGCAGAUAUGCUGCUCGGUGGCAAGGCUUUGCUCGAGUCACGUUAUGCGGAUUGGCCAAAGACGCUGCCGACGCUCUUUGUCCACGGAAGCGGCGAUCUAGUUUGCGAAUGUUCCUCGACCGAGAAGCUCGUCGAGAAGAUCAAAGCAGACGAUAAACAUAUUCAAAUCUUUGAUGGUUACUAUCACGAAAUGCACAAUGACGGCGAAGACAAAUGGCCCUAUAUCGCCUAUUUGGGCGACUGGAUCGAGAAGCACGCCUACGUGACUAUUGACGGCUAUGUUCGAUAUGAAUCGGCUCUUGCGCUCCGUCAUAUAGAUGCUGAGCAGCGUUGGUCAAAUGGGCUCUUGCUAAUGGACUGCAAACAGGGCCAAUGCGUAGCCCCAGUGGCAGGCGCGUGA